CCCGGAAGACGGCAGAAGCAACCAGCUGCGUUGGUUUGCUGCUGAGACAACUAGCUAGCCAUCCAUCCAUCCAUCCAGCGGUGUUAGCAAACAAACAACUAAACUGAAUAUGGCUGGAACUUCAUCAGUAGCUGGUGAAGUAUUUGUCGAUGCCCUACCGUAUUUUGACCAGGGUUAUGAUGCAGCGGGCGUUAGAGAGGCGGCUGCAGCCUUGGUAGAGGAGGAGACUCGCCGAUACAGACCCACCAAGAACUACCUCAGUUAUAUGCCAACACCUGAUUUCACUACAUUUGAAACUGAAAUCAUGAGGAACGAGUUUGAGAGACUAGCAGCCCGGCAGCCCCUGGAACUUCUCAGCAUGAAGAGAUAUGAGCUUCCAGCUCCAUCAUCAGGGCAGAAGAAUGACAUCACUGCAUGGCAGGAGAGUGUGAACAACUCUAUGGCUCAGCUGGAGCAUCAAGCAGUGCGCAUUGAGAACCUGGAACUUAUGGCACACUACGGUACCAAUGCAUGGAAGGUCUACAAUGAUAACCUGGCCUUUAUGAUUGAAUUGGCUCAAAAAGAACUACAGAAAUGUAGAAAGCAGAUUCAGGACUUGAACUGGCAACGGAAGAAUGAUCAGCUUGCAGGCGGAGCCAAGCUGAGAGAGCUGGAGUCAAAUUGGGUGUCCCUCGUAAGUAAGAACUAUGAGAUUGAACGUGCCAUCGUCCAGUUGGAGAAUGAAGUUGGACAGCUCAAACAGCAGCAUGGUGACGAGAACAAGGAAAACAUUCGACAGGACUUCUAGAAACAGAACCUUGCAGAAGAGACAUUUUACAAGAAAGGAAAUGUUGAGCUUGCAGCUUGAGAACAACGAAAACCAAUGUGAAAAGAACAGGACUGUCCCUCCAAACGUUAAGAACCUAGUUGCCUUGGCUGCACAGCUUCUUAUGACAGUCUUUACAUUAGUCUCAGACAGUGACCGUUGAAAAACUAUUGGUCCUGUGUAGAGCAUAUUUGGUGUACCUCGAUCACUUCAGAGGUGAAGUCUGAUUUUGUUGUUUUUUUAAUAACUUUUAUCAAUGCUUGUCAAUUUGAUGAGUAAUUCUAAAAUGAGGUAGUUAAUAACAAAUGAUGCAGUCUACAAAAGUCACUUGAUUUAACAUAUAGACAUAAGUACAGUUGAAGUCUGAAGUUUACAUACACCUUAGCCAAAUACAUUUAAACUCAGUUUUUCACAAUUUCUGGCAUUUAAUCUCUAAAAAAAUCCCUGUUCCCUGUUUGGGUCAGUUAGGCUCACCACUUUAUUUUAAAUAUGUGAAAUGAUUUCUUUCAUCACAUUCCCAGUGGGUCAGAAGUUUUACAUACACUCAAUUAGUGUUUGGUAGCAUUGCCUUUAAAUAGUUAAACUUGGGUCAAAUGUUUCGGGUAGCCUUCCACAAUAACUUGGGUGUAUUUUGGCCCAUUUCUCCUGACAGAGCUGAAUGUAACUGAGUCAGGUUUGUAGGCCUCCUUGCUUUCACACACUUUUUCAGUUCUACCCACAAAUUUUCUAUGGGAUUGAGGUCAGGGCUUCGUCAUUAUGGCCAAACAGUUCUAUUUUUGUUUCAUCAGAUCAGAGGACAUUUCUCCCAAAAGUAUUAUCUUUGUCCCCAUGUGCAGUUGCAAACCGUAGUCUGGCUUUUUUUUUAUGGAGGUUUUGGAACAGUGGCUUCAGGUUAUGUCGAUAUAGGACUCGUUUUACUGUGGAUUAAUACUUUUGUACCGGUUUCCUCCAGCAUCUUCACAAGGUCCUUUGCUGCUGUUCUGGGAUUGAUUUGCACUUUUCGCACCAAAGUACAUUCUUCUCUAGGGGACAGAACGCGUCUCCUUCCUGGGCGGUAUGACUGUUGUGUGGUCCCAUGGUGUUUAUACCUGCUUACUAUUGUUUGUACAGAUGAACGUGCUACCUUGGAAAUUGCUCCCAAGGAUGAACCAGACUUGUGGAGGUCUACACUUGUUUUUCUGGGGUCUUGGCUGAUUUCUUUUGCUUUUCCCAUGAUGUCGAGCAAAGAGGCACUGAGUUUGAAAGUAGGCCUUGAAAUACAUCCACAGGUACACCUCCAAUUACAUUUACAUUUUACAUUUAAGUCAUUUAGCAGACGCUCUUAUCCAGAGCGACUUACAAAUUGGUGAAUUCACCUUCUGACAUCCAGUGGAACAGCCACUUUACAAUAGUGCAUCUAAAUCAUUAA